AUGUCCAGAAUGCCUCAUAACCUCGUUCCUAAUAGUUUGGGGGAGAGAAAGAAAUACCUCACAAGUGUUAAGAGAUAUAGCGAUGCAUUACAGCAUAUAGUGAGAGCUAUACCUGCUACUACAUCUGUACCUACUGUCAGACAGGCCCCGAUUAAAGAGCUACGAAAAUAUGGUGCCACGGAAUUUCAGGGAUUAAAAGGAGCUGAUCCAUCUGUUGCUGAAAAUUGGAUAGAAACAACAAAAAGAGUUUUGCAACAAUUAGACUGCACCCUCCGAGAGAGUUCGAUAUGUGCUGUAUCACUGUUACAAGAAGAAGCAUAUCUCUGGUGGGAAUCUGUGGUUAGACAUUUGCCGGAUGAUCAGGUAACCUGGGACUUGUUUCAAAAAGAAUUUCAGAAGAAGUAUAUUGGGGAACUGUACAUCGAAGAGAAAAAGCAAGAGUUUUUAGUGUUGAAACAGGGGAAUAUGUCAGUAUUGGAUUAUGAGCGAGAGUUCUCUAGAUUGAGCAGGUAUACUUUAGAAUAUGUUCCAACCGAGGCUGAUAGUUGUAAACGAUUUUUACGAGGACUACGAGAUGAAAUCAAGAUUCAAUUGAGAGGUGGUAGAAGCGAGGUAAAUGAGAUGACAAGAACUACUAGCAGUGUGAGAGGUCCAUCUCGAGGUGUAGAAAUUCCAGACUGUGAGCACUGCGGAAAGAAACACAGAGGAGAAUGUUGGAAAGUAAAUAGAGGUUGCUUUAGAUGUGGUUCUACAGACCAUUUUAUCAGAGACUGUCCGAAUACCGAUAGUGCUGCACAUGUAUCGUCACAAAGAUCGUGA